AUGGCUGAAGCUGGAUGCCUACCUUUCCGCCUGGCACUAAUACAACGACUGGCGCAACUCGCAGUACGGCUACUGGAGAAAACUUCGACUGCGUCCAACUACCCUCUGGUGUCAAGAGCAAAAACCCUGCUUCAGCAAUCUACAGGUUAUACUUUGCCUAAUGUAUGCCCCACCCUCCGAAACACCGAUCGAGAAUGGAACACACGCGCUUCACGCAUAGAUAACCAUAUUAGAAACAACAUCAAAGCAGGCGCAAACAAGAGUAUUGUAGUCCCAGUGUUCCAAUCCUUCAUCACAAAUCGGUACCAACAUCACACCAAGUGCUUCACGGACGGCUCAAAAGACGGUCCCUUCACUGGCGUUGGGGUAGUGAUAGGGAACGAAGAGGAUAGCCACUCUUUACCAGAUGCUUGUAGCAUAUUUUCAGCAGAAGCGUACGGCCUCCUGACUGCCGCGUCUAACUGCAACGAUAAUCAAGACACAAUCAUACUUACUGAUUCCGCUAGUUGUUUAGACGCCAUCCAAGGAGGUAGGUCUAAACAUCCAUGGAUUCAAGCAGUAGAGAACAUCUCAACAGAACAGAACAUCACCUUUUGCUGGAUCCCAGGUCACUGUGGUAUUACCGGAAAUGAACGAGCAGACGCACUGGCCAAACAAGCGCGCAACCAGCCAAAGCUUGACAUCCCUAUACCUGCCCAGGACGUCAUAAAGGCCAUAAAGCGGAAUAUCUGGUCAACAUGGGAGAACGAAUGGCGUCAGCACCAAUUGCAGUUACGGCAAAUCAAAGCUUUGCCCAUUAAAUAUCCGGAUCGUAAAUGUGCAUCCGAACAACGAGUUCUGACGAGGCUACGAAUAGGACACACUCGUCUAACCCACUCGUUUAUAAUCAACAAGAAGCCCCCACCUGUGUGCAACUAUUGUGGGACUCAGCUUACGGUCCAACACAUCUUCAUAGACUGUAGAGGCUACACCGGACAACGAACAAGCUGUGGUAUCAACGGAUCACUCGGUGAAAUCUUAGCAUUCGAUGCACAAAGAGAAGCUAAAGCUUUGAAAUUCAUUAAAGACUGUGACAUUUAUAAUGAAAUUUAA